AUGAAACGAGUGGAGAUGCAAUUUUAUAGAAUUCUGAUUUCUGUUGUUCGAGAUGGGGUGAAGUACGACUCCUUUAUGAUAGAUAGUGACAAUGAUUUACAAGUUUUGUUUCAUUGUCAUCGUCAGUUUUUCGAGGUGAGAACUCAUGAACUAUUGGGCAAGUUUGGGGACGUGGUCUCUAUUUCAGGAGAAUCAAAUCAGAAUCAUCAAUCAGUAGCAAUAGCAACAACCUCUAGUUCAACCCAUAUUGUUGCCUCUUCAUCUGUGUUUAUAAUUGCACCUGCGACAGUUUUGGUGGCAUCUUCAUCCUUUGCAGCUGAUCUAAACUGCAAUGACAUUGGAGAAAUCGGUGAUAAUCAAUCUUUCUGUAAAUAUGCUAUUGCGAUGACAGAUACUCCUGUUAUGAUCUCAAUAUCUAGGGAGGUUGGAGAACCAAAUACUGUGGAAGAUGUACUACAGAAUGACGAUGAUGUGGACUUAUCCAUGAUUGAUAAGUAUAGCGAUGAUGAUCUAGAAAAGAGUAUUCCAGUUAGGAGUAGUGGAACAUCGAGCUUGGGAACUCAGCAUUACCUCCCACACUUUUUGACUUUAAACUUGGAGGCCAUGACACAUGGGUUCCCAAAUGUAGAAUCCAAAUUUAGGGCCAAAGAUACACAAGAUACAACAGGUCUAGUUGAGUUCCAAGUUGGACAGCAAUUUCGAAAUAAAGAGGAAGUCUUCUUAUGUGUGAAGACUUAUGGCAUUCGACGUGGGGUUAAGUAUAGAAUGCCAGAAUCAGAUAUUGUCAAGUACUAUAGAAAGUAUAAGGAGUUUGAAAACUAUUGCAGACGGUGA